CGAGGGUCGCCACGUCCCUCACGUACCGCCGGGCCAGGCGCGGAGCGGCCACCUGGCGGCCCCAGCUGCGGCUCCUCCGGCGGGGCUCGGCAUGAGGCUGGCGCGGCUGCUUCGCGGAGCCGCUUUGGCCCGCCCGGGCUCCGGGUUGCGCGCGGCCAGCCCGGGCGCCAGCCGCAGCCUCUCCUCGGACUCGGCCUCCGGGCCGGCGCCCGAAAGCGGCGUUCCGGGCCAGGUGGACUUCUACGCGCGCUUCUCGCCGUCCCCGCUCUCUAUGAAGCAGUUCCUGGACUUCGGAUCUAUGAAUGCUUGUGAAAAGACCUCAUUUAUGUUUCUGCGGCAAGAGCUGCCUGUUAGAUUGGCAAAUAUAAUGAAGGAAAUAAGUCUACUUCCAGAUAAUCUCCUCAGGACUCCAUCAGUUCAGUUGGUACAAAGCUGGUAUAUUCAAAGUCUUCAGGAGCUUCUUGAAUUCAAAGACAAAAGUGCUGAAGAAGCUAAAACUAUUUAUGACUUUACAGAUACUGUGAUUCGGAUCAGAAACCGACACAAUGAUGUUAUUCCUACUAUGGCCCAGGGAGUGAUUGAAUACAAGGAGAGCUUCGGGGUAGAUCCUGUCACCAGCCAGAAUGUUCAGUACUUUUUGGAUCGCUUUUACAUGAGUCGCAUUUCAAUUAGAAUGUUACUCAAUCAGCACUCUUUAUUAUUUGGUGGAAAAGGCAAAGGAAGCCCCUCUCAUCGAAAACACAUUGGAAGCAUAAAUCCAAACUGCAACGUAGUUGAAGUUAUUAAAGAUGGCUAUGAAAAUGCUAGGCGCCUAUGUGAUUUGUAUUAUAUUAACUCUCCUGAACUAGAACUUGAAGAACUAAAUGCAAAAUCACCAGGACAGCCAAUACAAGUGGUUUAUGUACCAUCCCAUCUCUAUCACAUGGUGUUUGAACUUUUCAAGAACGCCAUGAGGGCGACAAUGGAACACCACGCUGACAAAGGUGUCUACCCUCCUAUCCAAGUCCACAUCACACUGGGGAGCGAGGAUUUGACCGUGAAGAUGAGUGACCGAGGAGGUGGUGUUCCUUUAAGGAAAAUUGACAGACUCUUCAACUACAUGUACUCAACUGCACCCCGGCCUCGUGUUGAGACAUCCCGAGCAGCGCCCCUGGCUGGUUUUGGUUAUGGAUUGCCCAUAUCACGUCUUUAUGCCCAGUACUUCCAAGGAGACCUAAAGCUAUAUUCUCUGGAGGGCUAUGGGACAGAUGCAGUUAUCUACAUUAAGGCUCUGUCCACAGACUCCAUAGAAAGACUCCCUGUGUACAACAAAGCCGCUUGGAAGCACUACAACGCCAACCACGAGGCUGAUGACUGGUGUGUCCCCAGCAGGGAACCGAAAGACAUGACGACAUUUCGCAGUGCCUAGAUCUGCUUGGGACACCUGGAAAAUCCAGCUGUGGCUUCUGUGUUAAACUUGGAAGGAAUGAUGUUCAGAACCACGUUAUACCAAAUAUUUCAUGUGUUCUUUUCAGAAUUAACUCUUUGGGUAGAAUAGAUGGAAAGUGACUUCCAUUUAUGUCUGUCAAGGCUCCUAAAGGAUGAAAUUGUACCUAUUUUACACUUAUAUUUUCACAGUUAAUUGAACAUAUUUUUAAACACCUGUAGUUUUGGUCAACUUUCCUCUUUAUGGUAGACUUCAGAAGCAUGGAAGUCUUUGGGUUUCUACAGAAAAGGUGUGUGUGUGUUUCAAAGUACUUUUCAUUCAUGUCUGCUAGAAACAUUUUCUUCAUAAUACUGAUUAGCUGGUUAGCUAUCCUUCUGUUUUUUGGAGUGCUGCCAUCCUUCAUUAGUGUGUAAUGACAGCUGUAAGAAGACGGUCUUCAGAGGGGCCCGUGACCGACUGUAAGUGAAGCUGAAAACAAUGGCCCUGUUAGUGUAGUGGCUGCCACCCUGCAGCAUCUACCUACGUUGUCUUCACUCUGAAGUUGAUUUAUCAUUUUUUAAUUCCACUGCAAAGGGUUGUAAUAAGUUGCCUGUGGAACUAAGCCAAGAUUGUAGGCAAUCGCCUCUGGAUGUGCUGCUUGUGAGUAAUGCAGGGGGAAGUUUUUAUACUAAAAACAAACUAGUAGCUGCUAAAAUUCUAGAAAAGAAAUUGAAGGCAAGCAGUGAGUCCCCAAAAUUGAACAACAGAUGAUGGAGAUUGUCUUUGAGACAGAGUUUUUCUGGGUCCUGCUCCAGACAUACAGAGCCAGACUGUCUAUGGCUGGAGCCCAGGAAUCUCAAUUUUUAAAACGCUUCCCAGACGAGUCUGCAGCCUCGCCCAGUUAGGAAACCAUUCUUUUCAAGUGAGUGACGAUACCACAUUUGCUAAAGUAACAGAGGUCGUUAGGUUUUGAUUCUCACUUAUUGAAAGGUCAGACUUCCAGACUCCAGGAGAGACCAGCACUCUGGGGCCUGGUGCAAUUAAAAGUAGGAGACAGAUUGACUACAUGAGAACAGUCAAGUAACCAAAGGAUCAGAAUCGUAAAUGGACAAGUAUUGACACGAACAUAUUAUAAGAAAUGUCUAGAUUCUGUUAUCAGGAAAAAUUCAACUAGGGCUUAUUAACAAUUCUUUGCAUUCAUAUGGCAAUUUGUAGUUUACCAAUACUUUGGUAUAUGAUGAUAAUUCUCUUGGGCUUUGUAACAGUUACAGAGCUGGUGGUAUUAUCCUUGGUUGGAGACUCAGAGGGUGGUUCAAAGUUGCACAGAAUGGGAGGCAGGGCCUGAGCUCUACCUGCUGGUUACUGUCAGCCACCAAGUCUGGGGGACCAUGAAGUUAGAUGAUCUUGUUAGUCAUACCUCAUCUUCUAAGGUGACAGGGAAAUGUAGUGAAAGUACAUUUAAAGUAAGAUUUUAAAUGUUGAAAGAACAGCUUUACUGCUUAAACAUGGGGAACUUUUAUCUGGAAAAUACAUUGGGCUGAAACACCUCACUCUCAAAAGUUUUAACAAUUCUAUAUACAUUUGUAAAUCGGAAGGGAUGCAAUAGGGCAGUCCGUCCAGGACCUUCGUUUGAGAGAUGACAGUCCUGAGACGCAGGCUGUAUGGUUUGCCCAGGGCGUUGUAGCUCAUUUGACCAAAUGUUGGAAAAAGAGAUUUUACCUAACCUAUUGUUCCUUAAUUAUGGCUUUUAUGAAAAAUAAUAGGAUACACUAGUGGAUGAUUUUUAUUCGUUAAAAGUGUUAUAACUUUUUAGCUUUAAAUUACGCCUUUUUUGUAAUGAUGAAAUAUUUUAGAAUUCUUUGACUCAAAGUACUCUCUUUCCUAAAUAAGACAUUUGUACAACUGACAUAAACUUGAUGUUUUACUUAUGAAACACUUUCUGUCCCCCUACCCAAAAUUAAAGUUUUUCUCUAUUUAUUAGCUAUGAAAUGAUGUUUUAAAAGGAAAAGUUUUCAUUUAACUUCUUUUUAAGGUAUAACAGCUUUUCUACUUAUGUGGUAAUGGACAAAAAAUUACAUACAGAAAAAUUUGGGGGGUAGCAUUUGCCUCGAUAAUUUCAAAUUCAAAUUGUGCUCCCUGAAAAGUUUUUAGAUUCUUAGGCUGUUUUGUCUACCAGCAUUCAUUGUGAUGCCAUGUAGCUAUAAAAAUAUGCUGAAGGAUAAGCAAUGGACACUAAGUGAGUUUUAUAACCUGGGCACUUAAUAAAUGUGCCAACAUUGUUUAGGAAGAAUCGCAAAAAUAUUCUGCCCUAUACUUAAAUUACUGACUGACUUUAGAUGUCUCCAUACUUAAUAGUGAUCACUUUCUUGCACUGUGAAGUUUUUACAUGAAGAUGUUGAAGCGGAAGUCUACCAUAUUAUUUUAUAAAAUGUUUUGUGCGUGGCAAUAAACUGAAAACAUGAAUCAA